GGGUUUAUACAAUCAUUAUCAUUAGUUCACUAACAUUAGCUCACUAAACUAAGAAACUUAAAUAUAUGGUAAUGAAUGGGCGCGUUUAUACAGCAUUACUUCAUUAACUAACAUUAACAUUAUCACUAAGAAGAUGGUUAACUUUUAACUAAACUUGUUAAAUUCUUAGUGAAAGAGAACAGUGCGCAUGCGUAACUGUCAACACACAAUCAGCUGAUUGUUAUGACAAUUAUUUUAGUUCUGUAGUAGCACUCAGCUGUAUUUUAUUUCGAGUUGUUUUUAUUCAAUUAGUAUGAUUGACGAAGACGAUAUGAGAUUGAUUGAUGUGGUGCAACAAUUUCGUCAAAUUUAUGACAAAAGCAGCCCCAAUUUCAAAAACAAAAGGGCCAAACAAAAUGCUUGGACGACAGUGGCACAAAUGCUCGAACGAACCCCAGUAGAUUGCGAGUCUCGGUUUACGGUUCUCCGAAACCGAUUUGUUACAGAGAAACGUAAGCUGCAGGUUGCAACUGCAUCUGGAGCAGGAGGAGAUGUUGUGGAGCCAUCUCCUUUGUACAAAAAGCUUGAAUUUUUGCUACGUUUUAUUAAAAGUAGACAAACUACCUCUAACGUGCAAAUGAAAAAUGCAGCAGGCCAAGAAAAACCUGGCCCUUCAUGCUCUGCAACCGGACAUAGAAAUGCCCAAGAGCAAACUAAAGCUGGCCCCUCAAAUCCGUGGGACACAAUUAACACAAUUUUGGAAGGGUCUGAAGUGGAGGUAGAGGAGUUCUACACAGAGUCGAACAUUGACGACUCCCAAGAGGAUCUUGAUGAAGAAACACAUCAUGAUAUCCAACAAUCGGAAGACAAAGAAAACCAAGAACCUGUUGCACGAAAAAAAAGAAAAUUAGACACAUCCGGCAACAAAACAUCAAAAAAAAAAAGUCCCAUUAGGGGUGCCCUAGAAGCAUCCUUAAAUAAAUUUAAUACAUAUUUAGCGGCCAAACAAGAAAAGGCCGACGAAAUGAUUGAUAAAGAGUUGUCCUUUGGCCGAACUGUCGGUCUUUAUCUAAAAGAACUUGAUGCAGAAACGCGACAAGCUAAACAGCUUGAAAUCAUGAAUAUAUUAUUUUCAAAAUGAAACAAAAUGUAAAUAUCGAUGUAUAUAUAAGU